UGUCAGAUCACGACUAUCACUUCAAUCAAUACUCAGGUCCAGGGUGUUUCGGCAGUGUACAGUGUGACCCACUUGAAACAGCUGCCAUUAACACCUAAAAGCACUAGAUCCAGCCAGACCCUGAAACUGAUAAUACUGCUUCAACAUCAGCUGUGAUACCGUGUUCUUGCUGAAAAAUAUCCCAGAUACUUAAGGAAUUCUAUGUCUUCUGAAUUUUCUUGUGAGCAACUUACUCACAAUUAAACCCAAAAUUGAAGGUUCCGGCGGGUUUUCCCUUCACCCCGCGAAGUGGGGCAGCAGUGCAAGGUCACUGCCGUAACAGGCAGACGGGGCAGGUGACAGCCCACAGGCAGCGAUAAGCCCCGCCACUUAUCGGAGCUAAGGUACUUACAAUGCCUGCAUUCACCUUCCGGACUUCCCAACACCUCGUACCUUCAUCUGUGUUGCCUUUAACUUUUAUCUUUCAACCUUUCUCUCGAACCAAAAGGGUACCCCCUCUUGGACAGGGCUGCUCUUUGUUUCGUCGUUAACCUCGCACAACUUUCGAGUUUGCCCUGCUGACAUCUGAAGAAGUGGGCCAUCGCAGGUAUAUGAGACAGUGUGUACCGCAAACCAUCAAGAGCAUCACCACACAAUAUCAUCUUCACUCGAGAAUCUGCAUAUUUUCUUUCUCGGUAUCAACAAGUAAUCAAAAUGGCGGUACCCGAGUAUCGUGAUGAAGUCUCCAUCACACUCUCGAUCGCCGACCCCCCGCCUAGCUUCUCAUUUCCAACUCGUCGCAUCUUUCUCAGUAAAAAGAAUCCGACCAUUGAAAUCGGCCGAACGAGCAAAAGAAAUGGAGCCUUUGAAGCUGCCAAGAGCAAUGCUUGGUUCGAUUCACCAGUCAUGUCUCGAAAACAUGCACUCUUCACCCUUGACGCCGACAAACAGAAACUUUAUGUCAAAGACACGGGUUCUCUUCAUGGGACCUAUAAAAACGACGUUCGCCUCGAAACGAACGUGAAUCAUGAAGUGGCCAGUGGUGACAAGCUCAAAUUUGGUGCUUUCAUUGAACGACCCCAGGAUAAACAUUACCCUUGCGCCAUGAUAGUCCGUCAGACGUACGGGUCCAUCAACCCCGACCUGCGCGGCAAUAGCUUCCGCGUUCCUGAGGAUAGCGAUAUCGAAUCUCUAAUCAGUGACGAAGACCAAGUGAACAAUAGCUACGAGAUGUUGCGCACAAACAAAUUUGUCCCUGCCAGAAUGGCUAAUUCAUCUUUUGGUCAUGGUCCGAUCGACUUGACAAUAGAUGAUCAUUGUCCUUUUUCCAAUAUUAGGGAUGGAACUGAGGCUUUCGACAACUCUCCUCACAUUCUAGAGAUACCUUCCCCAAAGCUGCCAGAACCUGUUUCUGCCUCGGGCCACGAGUUCUCCGAUCUGGAGGAAGAGCCUGAAGAAGGGGAAAACGACUUGUCACCAAACUCUAUGGACACAGACGACUCUUACGGUGGCAUUUCAGAAGAUUGCCAGAGUAUCGACUAUGCAAUGUCAUCCGCUGCAGGGGACUCCAUUGUCGAUGAAGAAGAAGACUUUGCCGAACAUGACGAGUUUGAAGAGGAGCAAGGUAUGUUCAUGGAGUACAGCGCCCUGGACUAUUUUGACCAUUUUCCAGUCCACACUCAGGAACCUGCCCCUCAAGGGAACGGUCACUUUGAAGAGGCUACUAUCAUGGCAUCUGUAAUGAGCGAGAAACCCGAAAAGACCCCUGCGCAGCCCUUGGCCAAAUCUAUGAGCACUCAAACCCGGGAUGUCCCUCAGCAACUCGAUAGUGCCAACCUCAUCCAGUUGGACAAGAGCCACUAUACAUGGAAAUCAGAUCUUGCUCCAAUGAUGUCGAUUAAUGGCACGUCGCCCCUGAAGCUUCCCCCAAUUUCAGAAGCAGUCUUCGACACAUACAACCAUGAGAUGAUCACACACUCUACCGCUGAGGUUGUCGGCAGAAAACAUGGAAAGUACGAGUUCUUUGCUGCUAGAGAAGCCAAUGCUGCAGCUGCCCGCGCACAACCUCAACCUCGACCCAUCGACCCCGUCCGUCGGGCACCAGCCCUGGAACACUGUCUCUUGCGGGCAGAGAUGGAAAACAAAACCCAAGUGCAACCAGCAGAUGAAGUCCAGCAGGCCACAGAUGAAGUUCAACCUCGCGCUUCCGAUUUGGUAUCUUCUGGUCUUAGAUAUCUGGCAACGCCCCCUGAGCACGUCGAAACCACCACCACAUCUGUGGAGCCAGAGUUGGACGACUCAUCCGCCUGGGCUUUUCAAGAGAGCAAGAAGUCUUCUGGUAUCGAAGUCACAAGCGAGACAACUGAGAAGGUGGUGGCCCAAGAGAAUGACGUAGAUGUUGUAGAGGACGGUGAUGCCCAGCCGGCUGAAGCUUUAGAAGCAGCUGAACUGGUCAAACCAGUCAAAGCCGUGGAGCCAGCGAAACCGGUCGAAGCCGCAAAGGCAGCUGAACCUGUGACGAUUCCGGCACCAGAAUCCACUGCAACCAAGAGAAAGGCCGAAGAAAUCUCUCAACUUACCACUGAAGAACAAAUUUCUAACGACCGCCAAUCUCGCCGACAGGCGCACCGCAGAAGCAGGAUGCAGUCGACUGCAAGGCCUCGCCACACUGCAGCAUUGGGACCCCCACCAACCAAGCGUCUUCGUCGUAUGGCAGAAGCAGUCGGGUACGUCGCCCUUGGAGGAGCUGCUGUCAUGUCGGUGCUUAUUGCUACGGCGCCCGCUCUGUAAUUUACAGACAGGACACGCCAGUACCUUAUGAAAUUUUAUCGGAGUUUACGAAUUCGGAAUCAAGGACAGGGAGUCGGCUGUUUAGUUCAGUCAAUCUUUUGCUUUUCCACUUGCUGGCUUGGGGAACGAAAGGCAUGUUGUCAAGGGGUAUUUUAGUUGCGUUUAUAUGAAUCUACACGUUUCCUUCCACAACUAGCAAGCAGACCGUUCUCGCGUGAAGUAUGAUAAAAUGCCAUCCAGCAGAAAUGUAUUAAACUUGAUCCCUUCUCGGGUUACCGCUUCUCUGCACCAAACGCCAGACCCAUAUUGCCCAAGUAAGCUUUCCAGGAUUCCGCCCGUCAUUGACAAAUUCUCAUUACUGUACGCUUCCAUUCAUCAAGCUUUCAAGCUCCCAAGGACUCAACGUACUUCUACGUCGCGAUGCACUCUUGCUCAUUCGGCGCUCACGGCGUCGUUUUUCGGGCUUCAGCUGAUCAUCAGCCGAUACUGGGUCCCUCUUUACGGGAUCGACAUUCUCAAAAUCAUUUCUCUUUUCGGUUUCAUUUGUGGAUUCGGUAGCCUGGUCAGGCUGAGAUGAAGUAAUGGUUGGUUUCUUGACUCCACGAGUUCCACGGGCAGCUCGAAGUUUGGCUCGAACACGAGCAGCAUCGGCCUCGCGCUCUGAAGCGGCCAAUUUGGCGGCAAUAGUCGCCAUAGUGAGAGGACUUUGCUGAGGAGCGGGAUCGAUGUUUCGUGGGAGGGGGAGACGUGAUGCUGUUCGACGAGGGGAACGGUUGGGUGAAGUUUGAGUCUCACUUUGGUCGUCGCUGCUGCGGUGGGAGCUUUGGUGUCGGGGAGUAGACAUCUUCAUCUCGUUAACCUGAGGAGCAGUUUCCGGUGACUUGACAAGGAGGACUUCAUCAAGUGAGGAAGAAGACGACACGCGAUCGCGAGGUUCUUGAUCAUAUCUGACAGGAAUAGAGCCUCCUUCUGUAGCAAGAUCCCAUGUGUUUUCCUCGACGAUUGUAGUGAAAUCUCCCUUGCCAUGUCUGCGUGGUUGAGAGCCUCGGUUUCCAGCGGAUGCAGAAUCUUUCAAGGGGCUGAGCUGGGGAGGCUCUGGUAGUGGCGAUGAGUCUGGGUCUGGGUGGUAGAGGGGAGCUGCUGUGGACUGUUGAAGAAUUUGCACAUUAGGCUCCUCAACGUCAUAGUCGUCGAUUGGUAUGUUUUCGUCGUAGUCGGAUUCGAUAUCACUUUCCCGGUCAACUUCAUCCUCAGGCUCUGACUCCGGGACGAGUUGUACGCGAGGGGAACAGCGCGAAGGGCAUGGCGAGUCGAUAACAUCCAUCUCAUCCUCGGACUCCUCAGCAACAGCUGAAAGUCUGAGAGCAGAUGCGUGCCUUGUCUCCUCUACAUCUCGUACCCUUACCGGACUAAGACGCAGGCCCAUCUGAAGUUCUUCGUCGCAAAUCGGCCGUCCAUUAGCAGCCAUACGCUUCCGCCAGCCAUCAAUCAGAUGAACUGCCUCAGUCCAGCGACUUUCCAUCUUGACCCAACCGUCCUUGAGACGGCUGAUUUCCUCUUCUCGAACCAUGACCUCCUCAAUUGGCACGAACGAGGGGUUCGUUAGGAUAGUUCGCAUGUGUUCUAGCACAGAGUCCAGCUCCGAAGCCAUAUCCUGCCACCCUUGCUGCUGAAUAACAAGGUUAUCCUGGUUCUCAUUGUUCCACCCACUCAUGUCCCGCAGUUGCUGCAUCGUCUUGCGCAUUAUGGAAAGAAUAGCUUCGUUUUCUUCACUAAGAUUUUGAGCCAGGUUGGCCAAGAAUGCAUUUGUUUCGUUGCGCAGAUCAUAAUCAUCUGCUGCUGUGGUGCCUCCGCGACCUGUCGACUUUUCCUCGCCAACAUCGCCUGUGACGAUGAUUGAGGUGACGCCGGGGUUUGCUCGGGAUCCUCGUGCCCGUCCAGCUUCGGCGAGCUGUUUCUUUAAGGUAUCGAUUUGGCGGUCUCGUCUACGGACGUCUGUUGCGCAUGCAGCUCGUG